AAGUCCCGAGCGCGCGCAUCUCACGACCCGCGGCGGCCGGGUCUGCGCCGGGGCAGUCGGGUCCGGGCGGCGGCGCCGAGGAGGCAGACCUGGCAUCAUGGAUGCUCUUUCGGAAGCAAUUGGCACCUUUGCUCUCCGCCUUUUAAAGAUUUUAUGUCAAGAUGACCCUUCGCACAACGUGUUUUAUUCUCCAGUGAGCAUCUCCUCUGCCCUGGCCAUGGUCUUCCUAGGGGCAGAAGGAGACACAGCUGCCCAGGUGGCCCAGCUGCUUUCUUUAAACCCAGAGAAAGACAUUCAUCAGGGUUUCCAGUCACUUCUCGCCGCACUGAACAAGCCAGGCACUCAGUACGUGCUGAGAACGGCCAACGGGCUCUUUGGAGAGGAGACUUGUGAAUUUCUCUCUACCUUUCAGGAGUCCUGUCUUCGGUUCUACCGGGCCGAGCUGGAGAAGCUCUCCUUCGCCAGCGCCGCAGAGCCAUCCAGGAAACAGAUAAACGCCUGGGUCUCAAAAAAGACUGAAGGUAAAAUUCCAGAGUUGUUGCCGUUUAACUCAAUUGAUGAGCAGACCAGGCUGGUCCUCGUCAACGCCAUCUACUUCAAAGGAAGGUGGAAUGAGCAAUUCAACAAAUCAUACACAAGCGAGAUGCCUUUUAGAGUAAACCAGGAGGAGCAAAGGCCGGUGCAGAUGAUGUUCCAGGAAGGGACCUUCAGACUCGCCCACAUAGAGGAGGUGCAGGCCCAGGUGCUGGAGCUGCCCUACGCUGGCGAGGAGCUGAGCAUGGUCAUCCUGCUCCCUGACCACCACGUGGCCCUGAGCUCGGAGCGUUGUGGAGGUGAACGAGGAAGGCACGGAGGCCGCGGCUGCUUCGGCCUUGAUCGUGGUGGAGUGUUGCAUGGAGCUUGGACCCAGGUUCUGUGCCGACCACCCCUUCCUCUUCUUCAUCAGGCACAACGAGACCAACAGCAUCCUCUUCUGCGGCAGGUUUUCCUCCCCGUGAGGGGGACGUGCUUACCGCGUGGGAGCCUUUCCCUCUGUGUGUGUCCCGUGUCGCACUCCACACACCCUGAGGAUGGGCCUGGCCAGUUCCCCUUCCGGCUGGGUGACCCGCCAGCACACUUGGCUUCUCCCCAAGACCGACCACUCACUUGCGCUUGUUAAUCAGGGUCGCGGGACAAUAGAUUCUUAUAGUUAAGAUGCAGCCCAAUAUAUAAAAGAGAUAAACAACAAGGUCCUGCUGUAUGGCGCAGGGAACUGCACUCAGUAUCUUGCAAUAACCUCUGAAUGAUAAAAAAGUGUGUAUGUGUAUAACUGACUCACUCUGCUGUACACGAAAAACUAACACAACAUCGUAUGUAUCUAUUUAUUUUAUUGAAGUGUAGUCAGUUUACAAUGUUGUCUUAAUUUCUGGUGUACAGCAGAGUGAGUCAGUUACACAUAUAUACUCCUUUUCAUAUUCUUUUUUUAAUUGAGUAAUAUUCCAUUGUAUGGACAGAGCACAUGUUGUUUAUCCAACCAGCCACUGAUGGACAUUUGGUUUGUUUCCACCUUUUGGCUCUCUGUGGGUGAUCCUGCUAUGAACAGGCAUGUACUUGCAGUUUUAGGAGGAAAUUUCUGGGCCAGAUGGUAAUUCUUCUAUGUUUAAGUUUUUGAGGAACCACCAAGCUGCUUUCCCCAGUGGCUGCCCCGUUUUCCAUUCCCACUGGCAUUUUAUGAGGGUUCCAGUUUCUCCACAUCCUUGCCAAUAGUUGUAAUUUUCUGUUUUUUAGAUGUUGGCUGUCCCAGUGGGUGGGAAGUGAAACCUCGUGGUGCUUCUGAUUUGCAUUUCUCUAAUGACUAAUGAUCUUGAGCACCUUUUCAUGUGCUUACUGGCUACGUGUUAUGUAUCUUCUUUGGAGAAAAGUUUGUUCAAGUCCUUUGUUCAUGUUUUCGUUGGUUGUUUGUCUUUUUGUUGUCAAAUUGUAAGAGUUUUUUAUGUAUUCUGGAUACUAGACCCUUAUCAUAUACAUGAUUUGCAAAUCUCCUCUCUCAUUCUUUAGGUUAUAUUUUCCCUUUCUUGAUAAGAUCCUUUGAACCAUGAAAGUUUUAAUUUCAGUGACGUUCAGUUUAUCUGCUUUUUUUCAUUUGUUGCUUAUACUUUUGGUGUCACAGCUAAGAAUGUGUUGCCAUAACCAAAGUCAUGAAGAUUUACAGCUGUGUUUUUUCCUAAGACUUUUAUGGUUUCAGGUCUUAUAUUUAGAUUGUUAAUCCAUCUUAUGUCUAGGAUAUGAGGUAGGGGUCCAGCUUAAUUUUUUUUGCAUAUGGAUAUCCCAUUGGCCCAGUACCUGUAACUGUUUCUGAAUUUAAAAAAGUGUUGAUAAUAGACAAAAAGGAAAGAUAAUAUCUAAGCAAGUGAUAAAGUGAAAAGUUACUCAGUUUUGAAGAACACCAUAACCAUAUUGAAAGAAAAUAUUAUAAAAAUACCAUUAAAUAUCUAUAAAAAUUAUAUUUGCAAAUAAUAUAUCUGAUAGGGGGUUAAUAUCCAAAAUAUACAAAGAACUCAUACAAUUCAACAUCCAAAAAAAACAGACAGCCUGACUGAAAAAUGGGCAGAGGACCUAAAUAGACAUUUUUCCAAAAAAGACAUACAGACGCCAUCAGACACAUGAAAGGGCACUCAGCAUCCCUCAUCGUCAGGGAGGUGCAUCAGCGCCUCAAAAAAAGUCAAAAUGGAACUGUGCUUCAGAAAGACACCUGCAACCCCAUGUUCACAGCAACACUACGUACAACAGCCAAGACACGGAAACAGCCUAAAUGUCCAUCGACAGAUGACUGGAUAAAGGAGAUGUGAUGUAUUCAUACAGUGGAAUACUACCGAGCCAUAAAAAAGAAUAAAAUAAUGCCAUCUGUAGCCACAUGGAUGUCCCUGGAGAAUGUCAUUCUAAGUGAAGUAAGCCAGAAAGAGAAAGAAAAAUAUAUGAGAUUGCUCAUAUGUGGAAUCUAAAUAUAUAUAUGAAUACAAAACAGAAACAGACUCAUAGACAUAGAAUACAGACUUGUGGUUGCCAAGGAGGGAGGGGGGUGGGAAGGGACAGACUGGGAGUUCAAAAUUUGUAGAUACUGACAGGUAUAUAUAGAACAGGUAAACAAGUUUAUACUGCAUGUCACAGGGAAAUAUAUACAAGAUCUUGUGGUAGCUCACGGUGAAAAAGUAUGCGACAAUGAAUAUAUGUAUGUUCAUGUAUAACUGAAAAAUUGUGCUCUACACUGGAAUUUGACACCACAUUGUAAAAUGACUAUAACUCAAUAAAAAAAAUAAAAAAAAAAUAGAACCACCAUGUGAUUUAGCAAUUCCAUUUCUGGAUAUUUUUCUCAAAGAAGACAAAAGCACUAAUUCAAAAUGAUAUAUACACCCCUAUGUUCAUUGCUGCAUUGUUCACAAAAACCAAGAUAUGGGAGCAACCUAAGUACUUCUCAGAAGACGACAAGAUGGAUAGACUUUAUGUGCCCCUUGAACUUACGCAAUGCUGUAUGUCAACUAUAUCUCAGUAAAAUUGGAAGAAAAAGUAAAAUUCAGUUACAAAAUUUUAAAAAAUCAGCAAGGAAUUAAACAGCAUACACAAAGAACUCUUACAAAUCAGAGAGAACAGGUGGUGAGUUAGUGACGAGAGGAACACAAAACACCGUGAGAUGCCUGUCUACAUCCGUCAGGUGCCUGGUGUGGCGAAGUUGGAUACAACCCAGUGAAAGCCAGGAAGCAGGGAAACAGCACCUCGGGAACAGGAACCAGACACCCACACAGGAAGUAAUCAAUCAGUGUCCCCACUGGGUGUCCGUCCCAGGGUCCGGCCGGCUCCCUUCCAGAUGCGUGGCCAGGGGACGUCAUGGCGAAGUCAGUGAAGGCACUGGGACUGCGCUCUUCGCUGUGGCCUCCUUCGUGGAGCAGGAGGUUGGACGCUGCCUAGGUGCCCAUCCCAGUGGGGAGAGAGCAUGAGAGUGGGGGGCACACUUUAGAACACCGCGUGGGAGUUAAAAACUAGAGCGCAGACUAGGUGUGUGUUCAGUCUCGUGGAGAGAUGAUGUUAAGUAAAAACAGACGGAAGGAGGCAUAUGGUACAUUUUCUGUAAAUUAAAACAUCUGCAAUGUUAUAUACUACACAAGGCUAUCCAUGUACUGCAUUUCUUUUAUUAUUGGUGAGAACUGUUCAUAAAUUUUGUUACAAUGUUUCAUUAAUAAGCAGGGUUUUUUUCUGUAGUAAACUCUAGAUUUUCCUAA